GAGAGAAAGCCUCUCUCAGUCACCAAGCCAGAGUGAGAGAGAGGGAGGGGGGAGGAAAGAGAGAGAGAGAGAGACACACACACACACAGCCACAAACGAUGAGACCUAGAAAACCUGAAGCCAACCCAAGACACUCAAGCUAAAUGAGCACAGCGCUCCCACCCAGCAUUUUUUCAGUCAUGCUUGGACUUAGAAUUCAGCUCCUGCUCUGCUGCAUGCUGUCCCAGUUCUGGGCCAUGGGCAGCUUCCUCUCCACUCCAGCAGUUUACAGAACUCCGGAGCACAAGACAAAAUUCAACCUUUGCUGCCUGCUGACUCCGCCCCCUCCCCCAAUGUUCCCACCUCCCUCUGCACUAUGGGAACAGUACAGUCCUAUUAAGCCCCCGCCGACAGAGGAAGGAAGCCGAACUGCAUCGGAACCUGAGGGCCAGAAGCCUGAUGUCUGCGUCCCUGGUGCCCCUGGUCCUUCAGGACCUGCAGGUCCUCAGGGUCCAAACGGAAUUCCCGGAGUGAAUGGACCAAAGGGAGAUAAGGGAGAAAUUGGAAGACCAGGAAAGAAGGGUCAUACUGGGCCACCCGGCCUGCCAGGGCUACAGGGAGCACCAGGCUGGCCGGGACCAUAUGGGCCCAAAGUGAUGCCUGAGCCUGCCAUCACUGCACUGGUCCCAUUGCAGGGGGAGAAGGGAGAUUCUGGGCUGAUGGGAAUGCCUGGUGCAAGAGGACCAGUGGGACCGAAGGGGAUGCCUGGAUACAAAGGGGAGAAGGGGUCUCGAGGCGAACGAGGGGAACCUGGUGCAAAGGGUUUUAAGGGUGCAAUGGGUUUCCCAGGGAUGCUGGGAGAGAAGGGUGAAAUGGGUCCACAGGGAGAGCCUGGCGUCACAGGAAACAGAGGAUCCACCGGUCGACCAGGCAAGAGAGGAAAGCAGGGGACGAAGGGAGACCCUGGAGUACUUGGCCCCAUGGGUCCCAUCGGCCACCCUGGCCCCUCCGGCCCCCCCGGCGCCCCAGGCCUGCCAGCCUCGGGAGUUUUUGUGGUUGGACAGAAGGGGGAGAAGGGACUUCCUGGUUCUCCUGGUCGAUGCAGCUGCAAUGCCCCCAUGAGCGUAAACAGCCCCCCCCAUGACGAGCAGGCCCAUGUGGGUAAUUAUGACAAAGUACCCAUGAUAUUUGUGGUCAAUAAUGAAGAAGAACUGCACCACCUAGACACAAGAAAUGCAAUUGCAUUUCGAAAAGAUCAGAGGUCUCUUUAUUUUAAAGAUGUUGGAGGAUGGAAACCCAUUCAGCUUAGCCCAUUCCAAUCCAUGGACAACACCCCAGGUGUGGAGGGGGUCUGCGGUGACAGAAUAGUGCAGACCCACAACGGAGAGGAAUGCGACGACGGCAACAAGGUGGUCACUGACGGCUGCAUCAGGUGCAAAUUAGCAUACUGUGGAGAUGGAUAUCGCCAUGAAGGAGUCGAAGAGUGUGAUGGGAAGGACUUCGGCUAUCAAACAUGCAAAGUGUAUCUUCCUGGGUCAUAUGGACAGCUCAGGUGCACUGAGAAGUGUUUCAUUGACUCUACAAACUGCAAGUAUUUCACAUGAGAGAGAGACCAGGGACUGUGCAGGACCCACCUUACUUUCCCAGGAUGGAAAGGUGACUUAGGUGAAAAGACCAAGCUGCUAGGAAUAAGACAAGAUGAUCAUCUAAGAGAAACCAUAAGCAUGACUCUUCUACUACACUGUUUCUAUAAAGGCACAUAGUUGGCGGAGAAGCUCUUCACCACAGGAAACGUAUCAUCAGAAGGCAUACAGGACCACUGCAUUCUGUCUUAAAGGCUGAGCCAGGAGAGCCUGUGGAGCGGAGCUGUAGACCUAUGAAAGGCUCCUCCCCAGGGGAAAAAAGCCCCUUUUGGCUACAGGACAUUUAUAUUACCAAAUUACCGCUUUUUCAGGUUUCGUGGGAGUCAUUCUUCCAACUGGUCUUGACCAAGGUGCUGUGCAUAUUUUCAGUAAUAAAACGCUGUACUAUUUGCAUGAGGAUCAUAAGGCAGAACUUAAUGCCAGGUAGACAGUCUACUUAUCAGAAUAAGCUAUGUAAAUAAAGCUAUUUAUGUUUGUCCCUGUAAUAUUCUGUUAUAUGACCCAAUGGGCAUCCAGUCUGGGGUUUCUUCCUGUCCUGUAGCCUGUGGUUCCUGGGACGAGCUCCAGACUCACCACUGACUGUAUACUGGAUUAGUGGUUAUGGGAAAUUGAUGGAUGGAUGACCCAAUAAUUACAGAAAAAGGGAAAAAAAAAUGUGCUGCUAGUUUGUAGCACAGAUGGGCAUGAAAGAUGCAGGUUGCAUAGGACCCUGACCUCUCAGGGGAUCAUUUUCACAUAUUUCCUGGCCACUGAGAUGGACAGGCGGCCGGCCUGAUGUGAUACCAUGAAAUAUUGAUUCCCUUCCCAGAUGAGCAUCAGCAGUGUUAUUGUCUUAAUGAUGAGAAUCCAGCGCUGUUUUUGUUAGCUGGAUUUUUAGCACAGCUGUGGCUGUCACGCUAGGCUAGUAGGAGCAAACAGUCACACGUGAGCAAAUCAUAUUGGUCUGCCUCGUGUGGCAUGAAAGACCACGCUGCCUUAGUUCUCAGUUAUCUUAGCUAAUGUCCAGGUAAAUGUUGAGUUAUCAUCAGCAAUUGUGCAUUACUUUUAUAAUCGGGGUCAUGGUUGAACUGCACGUUCAUAUAUACAGUUUACACGUCAAAGUGCACUUGAUAUGUUAGCAUGUGUCGAUACAUUGACUGCACUGUAGAAUAUGCUAUGAGUGGCUGACUAGGCUGUUCUUGGCCACAUUCAUGAGUACUGUGGUCUGUACAAAGUGCUACAUUCUCCGCCACGUCAGUGGGCGAGCAAAAGCCAUUUGUGAACCUUUAAUUUAUUCCAAAAAUGUCUGAUUUACGCCUGCAAUGUGGUUGAAUAAAUAAGCGAAAUCAAGCCGAGAGAAUUUA